ACCAAAUGCGAGAAUUGUGAAAUCUAACGUAUUUUGGCAUGUUUGAAGCCAGUUCAGAGUGAAUGGUGAUGGCUUCAUAUGGAAUUCCGAGAACCGACUCGAUUCAACACCGUCUCUUCGACUUCGCCAAGACUGCUCUCAUCAAGAUCUUCUCACACCCUUACGCCACGGUCUGUGACUUGUAUUGUGGAGGAGGAGCAGACGCCGACAAAUGGGACGCUGUUCAAAUUAGCCACUACAUCGGAAUUGAUGAUUCUUCGUCUGGGAUAAAUGAGAUUAGAGAAGCAAACGAGAUGCAGAGUAAAAAUUACACCGCCGAGUACUUUGAGGUCGACCCUUGCUCGGAAAAUCUAGAAACACAGUUGCCAGAAAAGGCCAACCAAGCCGAUUUAGUUUGCUGCUUGCAGCAUUUGCAGUCGUGUUUUGAAACUGAAGGGAGGGCAAGGAGACUUCUGCAUAAUGUAUCAUCCCUGUUGAAACCUGGGGGUUAUUUUUUUGGUAUUACUCCUGACUCAUCUACCAUAUGGGCAAAAUACCAAAAGAAUGUUGAAGCAUAUCACAACAGAAGCAGCAGCAUGAAACCCAACAUUGUUCCCAACUGCAUUAGAUCGGAGAGCUAUAUGAUUACCUUUGAAGUUGAGGAAGAGAAGUUCCCAUUAUUUGGAAAGAAAUACCAAUUAAAAUUUGCAAGUGAUGUCUCUCCUGAAACUCAUUCCUUGGUCCAUUUUCCAAGCUUGAUCAGGUUAGCCAGGGAAGCUGGUCUAGAGUAUGUGGAGAUGCAGAACUUAACAGAAUUUUAUGAUGAUAACAGAGCACAAUUUGCAGGCAUGCUGAUGAAUUUUGGUCCAAAUCUUGUUGAUCCCAGGGGCAGGCUCCUUUCUCGAUCGUAUGAUGUGCUAGGUCUAUAUACCACAUUCAUAUUUCAAAAGCCUGAUCCAGAUGUUACCCCUCCACUCACAACGCCAUUGUUGCAGGAGAGUAAUUACAAUCAUGAUGAGAGGGAGAGGCAGGGGUCUGGCUGGAGGGAUGAUGAAAAGAACGGCCAAACUGACCCUUCUCUUCGAAUAGCCAAGAUUAGUGAGCAGAAAGGGAUAUUGGGUCCUGGUCCAGCAGAUCUUCGUUUUGCAGAGGCACUUUGACCUUUUGUUUGGAAAGCUAGUGCAAUAGGUAGCAUUUAAGGUGGCACAAGAGGAGAUUUGAUAUUUGAUCUUCACCCCAUUUGGUAUACAUUACUAUGGCAAGCUUUCAGGUAACACAGUCCGCCCCCUUGAUCCAUAUUAUCUCACUCAUUUGUCAGUUACUUUUGCAUGGUACCUUUUGCCACAAUCCUCUACAUUUGUGUGAUUUGGUAUAGAUCUGUGCUUGCAACAAGCCUACGGUGUCGGCUGUAAUCCGCAAAGUACUUGGGAUGUUGCUUGUGACUUUCUGUUUCACUCUAUUUGCGAUGUUAUCAGUGUAGUGUAACUUUGGUUCAUGUACAAAUGCCAUUCAGGUUUGUAGACAAAUAUUGCUUCAACUUCCCAUUUGGGACCUGAACAAUCCAAUGUUUGGUAACAAGGCUUAUGGCAUUUCA